CAACUUCGUGAAGACGCGAAGCGUUUUUAGGUUGCCGAACCGUAGCUCCUCGAAGGGUGGGAGUCGGCAAUUUGACAUUUGUCAGCUGUUUCCGUGGACGUUAAAGACGAAUUGAGAUGUUUACAGUUCCAAUUCGGCUUCCCUAAUCCGAAUCAUGGAAGAAAUCACUACCAGAGAGCAAUCUAGUGAUUCAAUUGCCACCAGUGAGGAGUUUGAAGAUCUAGGACAGAAAAAUGCUUCCGUGGUUAAAUUGAACGACGAAACAUCAGUUAACGGAGUUGUAGGAAGUGAAGGUAUGCUUAAAACAUCUCCAGAAAUGGAAAUUAGCAAUAAUGGGAGUUUGGCUGAACUAAAAGACACACUUGAUGAAGUACUCAAUGAAGAAACAGAAACCAGUGCGCAAAUUGACAAGAGUGCUCAGAAUUAUACUCUGUUCAAUAGGAUUGCUUACUUAGGAGCGGCAACAGUAAAUGCUCCGAGAAGUGAGAAUGAAAUAGCAAGAAACAUGGCCAUAAUGAGGCAAUCAAGUGGCCAACCAAUUCCGAUUGCUCUUUCAAUUCCCAAUAACUGUGAUGGAUCUGUUGUGCUUUACGAAGCAGAAAGCAACACAGAAAUGGCACGCCAUCCAAUCCAUCGUAUAAUCUUUCUUUCACUCGGCCCGUCAGGAACGUUGGAUUCCAAUUGUUUUGCAUUCACCUGUCCUAGAGGAGAUUCAGACGAAACAGCAAUAUUCCAGUGUCACGUAUUCCGUUGCGAAAUCGCCGAAGCCAUUCCGAAAGUCAUGUGCAGUUUCAAGCACGCUUUUCGUAAACCCGAACCCCCUGCCUCCAUGUCAACAGAAUCAUCGACCGCCACCUCACCCACAGAACUGACCAAUCAUCGUUUGACGUUUGAAUUGACUUUCGAAAUUAAAGAGGAAGACACAAAGGGAAACUACAGCGCUGUUCCCAAGGAUCGUAAUUUUUUCAAAAUACGCGCAGGCAUCGAAAAGAAAAUCGUCAUAACAGUUGUUCAGAUAAAUGACAGCUUAGAAUUACCCAUAGAACGUUGCUUUGGGUUAUUAGUAAGUCCGGGACGGCAUGUCAAACAUAGUGAUAUGCACCUGUUAGAAAUGGUGUCUAUGGGUACUUCCAACACUCCCAGCAACUCUCAGGACGUACGGAAGUCGGCUUAUGUAAUCUCCGGUCAUUGGGAUCCGAAUGAGCCAGUCUUUGGGCUUCUUAAUCGUGAAAGUUCCAAGGAAAUAAAUUCCGUGUAUAUGACGAUUGCUGUGGAUCUCGUGAUUAGAGGUAUCAGUGAGCCGGUACGUUUCGUUAUUGAAACACGUGUAAAGGUGUUUGGACACAACGAACGCUUUUGGUACUACAGUCAAAAGCAUAUGACUUUACAAUUCGCCGUACAUGUUGCCGAAAUUCGUGACCUUCCUCCGAAUUCUUCCAGCUACGACCCCACAUAUAGAGUGGUAGAAAUUUGCAAUGAAGGCGAGAUAGAGCGACCGAGUAAGGGGCUGGGAAUGGGUAUGGCACUCUCAUUGAACUUAAGCUCAACAUUGAGUACGUUAACUAGCAGCACUUUUGGUUCUCUUAACUCUCCUACACCGGUUGUGAAUGAUACCCUGAAGGAAGAUGAACUUUCAUCUGAUAAUGACGAACCUCUAUUAAGUGGAUCAGGUGAAGUUUCCAAGGACUGCAGUGAAGUGGAAUUGGCUUCAUGGGCGGAAGUAUUGCAUUUGUGGGGAACUCAACCAGGCGAUAACCAGCCCAAGCAGUUAAAGCAUUUAGUUAGACGUGGCAUACCAGAAGCAUUGCGGGGUGAAGUCUGGCUCCGGUUGGCUGAUUGUUCUUCUGAUACCAGCGUCAUGGAUGCUUAUCGCGUGUUAAUCACGAAAGAGUGCAGUGCUGAUCCCGUCAUCAUGCGAGACAUCCAUCGUACUUUCCCAGCGCAUGACUUUUUCAAGGAUUCUGGCGGUCUCGGCCAGGAAGCGCUGGCUAAAAUAUCUCGCGCGUACGCAGUUUACGACCAAGAAGUCGGCUACUGUCAAGGUUUGAGUUUCUUGGCUGCAUCUCUGCUACUGCACAUGCCAGAGGAGCAGGCCUUCAGCGUGAUGGUCAGAGUCAUGUUUCACUAUGGACUGCGUGAUCUCUUCAAGGACGGCUUUGAGACAUUACAUCUUCGUUUGUAUCAACUUGACCGCCUUAUUGAAGAGUAUCUGCCCGAUUUGUGGAAUCAUCUGGUGGAAAACUGUAUCGAGAAUCACAUGUAUGCAUCGCAGUGGUUCCUUACGCUCUUCACCGCCAAAUUCCCGCUCUUUCUCGUCUUUCAUAUUCUAGACGUCUUCCUCUACCAAGGCAUGGACACCAUAUUUCAAGUUGCACUCGGCUUGCUGUCCAUGGCUAAAAAGGAUCUCCUUUCACUCAACUUUGAAGGCAUACUAAAGUACUUUCGCGUCCAGCUGCCUAAACGUUAUCGCAACGAAAUGGCUGCUCGCCAGCUGAUGAAGUUAACGUCUUCGUUCAAGCUAAGAAAGCUGAAGAAAUAUGAGAAAGAUUUUAUGGCCAUUAAGGAACAAGAGCAGGCUCGAGAAGACCCGGUCGUACGCCUUGAACGUGAAAACAAGCAUUUGCAUGAGGCAAAUUUGAGGCUCGAACGUGAAAGUGAUGACUUGGCUCAAGAAUUGAUCACUAGCAAAAUCGGGCUACGUUCAGAGCUGGAUGCAGCUGAGGAGAAGGCUGACAAUUACUUUAAAGAACUGCAAACGUUGAGACGUCUUCAUAAAGAAAUUGAAGAGGAUCGUAAUCAAAUUCAAAAUGAAGCUGUGAAGGUGAAGGAGAUGUUGCAGCGAGAAGUGCAACGAGCUGAAGAAGAAGGUCGACGAAGUCAGUCUAUUAUUGCUGACUACAAACAGAUCUGUUCCAAACUUACGCGACGACUAGAAGGCGAGCAAUCUCGAGCAAAAGAAGUGUUUGAGAGACUGCAAGCCAGUCUCUCUGAUAGCCCCAACUAUUCCAGUCUUUUAGAUGACGUGGUUAGCCUCAUCAGGUCGGAACAAUCCAGCCCAGAUCUGCAAGAAACAGGAAACCUAGUCUGUGAAUCGAAACCUCGUUCCCCCGCAUCUGCCCAGUCCCAGUUUGAAAACCAGGUUCGGCUACUCGAAUUAGAAUUGGCUCAAACAAAGUUGGCGUUGGUCGAAGCUGAAUGUCGCAAUCAAGAUCUUACCCACCAGUUGUCAACCAUUUCGAUGGAGAUGCAGUCUCAAUCACGUAACAGCUGGCUACAGAAAACCCUCUCUUCCAUUAAGGAAGCUACAGCUAAGAAGGACGGCCUUCCGGUUGCCACUAGCACGGCAUCUUCAUCAGGUUCACCUGCAGCCAAUCCAACAGGUCGGAAGGAUUCGUUGAGCUCUGAUAAGUAAUAGUAAUAAUAACAAUAAUAAUAACACCAUUCCACCGUAAGAGAUUACGAACUAUCGUAUCUAUAUAUGAAAUGGUUCAAGUGCUAUAGUUAUUCCCAUUUUUCUUUUUUUGUUUGGUUGUUUGUUUUUUUUUCCCUUGUCCUUAUAAAUUCAUAUCCAUCGAUACGGUUACGUAUCGCGUGCCAUUCAAAAUCCGCUUUGAAAAUUUAGAUUUGGUUAAAAUAAAUGAGCACGUAGCAUUUGCGA